UAAGAAUCUGGCAGCCAGUUCCGUCCUGACAGAGUUUACAGCAUAUAUUGGUGGAUUCUUGUCCACAGUGCAUCUGCUUUAAGAAUUAACGAAAGCAGAGUCAAGACAGUAAGGAUUCAAAACAAUUGCCUAAAAAAUGAAUCUAGGCGCCUUUACUCUUCUCUUGGCACUAAUCGGUGGUGCCAGCAGCCAGUACUACGAUGAUUACGAUUUCCCCCUACCGAUGUAUGGGCGAUCGUCACCAAACUGUGCACCAGAAUGUAACUGCCCUGAAAGCUUUCCUACAGCCAUGUACUGCGAUGAUCUGAAAUUGAAAAGUGUGCCAAUGGUGCCUCCUGGAAUCAAGUACCUUUACCUUAGGAAUAACCAGAUCGACCAUAUUGAUGAAAAGGCCUUUGAAAACGUAACUGAUCUGCAGUGGCUCAUUCUAGAUCAUAACCUUCUAGAAAAUUCCAAAGUAAAAGGAAAAAUUUUCUCUAAACUGAAACAACUGAAGAAGCUGCAUAUAAAUUACAAUAAUCUGACAGAAUCUGUGGCCCCACUUCCCAAAUCUCUGGAGGACCUGCAGCUUACUCAUAACAAGAUCACGAAGCUCGGCUCCUUUGAGGGACUGGUAAACCUGACCUUCAUCCAUCUUCAACACAAUCAACUGAAAGAUGAUGGCAUUUCAGCUGCUUUUAAAGGCCUUAAGUCACUUGAGUACCUUGACUUGAGCUUCAAUCAGAUGACCAAACUGCCUUCUGGUCUCCCAGGAUCUCUUCUAACUCUCUACUUAGACAACAACAAGAUCAGCAAUAUUCCCGAUGAGUAUUUCAAGCGUUUUAAGGGACUGCAGUAUCUGCGCUUAUCUCAUAAUGAACUGGCCGAUAGUGGAAUACCUGGAAAUUCUUUUAAUGUUUCAUCCCUGCUUGAGCUGGAUCUCUCCUAUAAUAAGCUUAAAAAUAUACCAACUGUCCAUGAAAACCUUGAAAACUAUUACCUGGAGGUCAAUGAACUUGAAAAGUUCGAAGUAAGGAGCUUCUGUAAGAUCCUGGGACCAUUAUCCUACUCCAAGAUCAAGCAUUUGCGUUUGGAUGGUAAUCACAUCACCCAGACUAGUCUGCCACCUGAUAUGUAUGAAUGUCUACGGGUAGCAAAUGAAAUCACCCUUAACUAAUAUCUGCUAAUUUCAAUUAUAUCGAGGUGUACCCUGGAGCAACAAUCUAUGAUUAUGUUUUGUUGUGUGUCCAUUUUUUUGUCGUUGUUGCUCUUUAUUACUUCCAUUGAUUUUAAAUUCUGAGAAAAAAAUGUUUUGUAAACAUUUUACUACUUUUUUUAAAAGAAAAGAUGAAAGGCAGGCCUAUUUCAUCACAAGCACAGACACAGACACACACACACACACGCACACACACAUACAGUUAAUGCUUUAUUUGUAAGUUUAGUGUUUUCUACAUCUCUAUGUCAAAUGAUGUACAAAGCAUUUUGGUGGUUGCAUGGAAGUCAGCCAAGUUUUGUGAUUCUUAAAUCUUAACUUAAUGUACCCAAAAGCAUGGACUACAUGCAUAUGGAAGUUUACUGUCUUGAACCAAAUUUUCUUAAUAUGUUCAACUUUGGUUAGCUGAAAAACAAGUGGUGAAUUUUGAGAGCAAUGAUUUUGCAAAAUACUAAACAAAAUUCAUGAAGUCACAUAUGUUUAAAGCAGAAUUUUUAGUAUUAAGAAUUUAUAUAUUUACCUAGAGAAACUUUUCUAGAAUUAUUUUUCAC